CCUCGAGUACAAGCCAUCUUCGCAUACCCGAUCAAGUCGUGCCGCGGAGUCGAGCUUCAGACAACGGAGAUCACGAGCACGGGCUUGAAGUAUGACCGACUGUUCUCAUUCGCGCAUUGGGUGCAACGACGUGAUGAUAAGGGACGUGUCAUUGAAGGAGAGUAUCAUUGGAAGUUCUUGACGCAGAGGGAGAAGCCACAGCUCUCGCAGGUCACCACGGAGCUAUGGAUUCCGGAUCCUCGACUUCGUUCCGAGCUUCUUCCGGAGGAUGUCGAGGUGACCGAACAGUCUGGACGUGAUGCGCUCAAUGACUGGGAGGCCAAUGGAGGCUGUUUGGUGGUUCGUUUCCCGUUCGGCUCAGAGGGAAGUACGGAGACUGUCACUUUCAAGCUUCCGCUCAAACCCACCAGUGAGCGAGCUGCGGCCAAAGGGUACACAUAUGCUCCGAUGAAGAUCUGGAAAGACGAUCCGCUGGCCAUCAACGUGUCCUCGGAAAUCGACGCGAUCACCCUCGAGAAGUUGAAGUCGUUCCUCGGAGUCGAUAGGUCAUUCGCCCUCUUCCGCAUCGACGACAACGAUAACCUACGCACUGUCACCCGUUGUCUGCCCAAAGAUCGACUCGAGGAAAAGUUUCAAGUCGGCUUUGCGGACGCGUUCCCUGUCAGUCUGCUCAGCAUCGCAUCAGUUCGCGCGAUCGACGAUUUCCUACCGUCUACAAGUCAGAUCAAAUCCUCCCUAUCCCCGAGGCGCUUCAGAGCAAAUAUCUUCAUCUCCGGAAUCCCAGCCUUCGCAGAAGACCAAUGGAAGCGCAUCAUCCUCGGUCGGGCAGGAAAUCCAGGUGAGGUUGCAUCCGACAGCGAGUUCCAUGUCGCUUGCCGCACGGCGCGAUGCAGGUUGCCGAAUGUGGAUCCUGAGACUGGGCUGAGAGACCGCGAGGAGCCAUUCAUGACGCUGGAGAGGAAGAGACAGGUUGAUGAUGGUGCCAAGCCACAUGCUGUGCUUGGACUGUCAAUGAUCCCGUUGUUUGAGAGGGGUUGGUUGAGGGUUGGAGAGAAGGUCGAGGUCUUGGAAACGGGCGAGCAUGUU